AAUUAAAAGAACCGAGUGGGCGUGUCUAGAACCUACUGUCUAGAGAGGCGGGACUGCACGUGAUCCGCGCCUGGGCCAGGACCAGGACCAGGACCGAGUGUUCCAAGCGCCUCCUCACCACCUGCUCCGCCCGCUGAGUCCGUAGAGUCCGAUGGCGGCGGCCGCGCUAAGGCGCCCGGCUGAGAAUCGUGUGACCUUUGACGAUGUUGCUGUGUACUUCUCCUGGGAGGAAUGGGGGCUCCUUGAUGAGGCCCAGAGACGCUUGUACCACGAUGUGAUGUUGGAGAUCUUUGCACUUACAUCCUCUCUGGGUUACUGCUGUGGAGCUGAGGAUGUAGAAGCACCCACUGAACAAAGUGUUUCUGUAGGUGUACCACAGGCCAGCAUGUCCAAGGCAGCUCUGCCUUCCCAGCAGACCCACUUCUGUGAGAGCUGUGGUCCAGUCUUGAGAGACAUAUUGCAGUUGGCUCAGCACCAAGGAACACCACACAGCCAGAAGGAGUUCAGGUGUGGGGUUUGUAUGAAACAAUUUUAUUUCAGUGCAAACCUCCAAAAACACCAGAAGCAGCACUUGGCAGAGAAACCCUUCAGAAGCAUAAUGGAAAAGGACUUGUUCAUGAACAGCUAUAAAUUCCACGUUUCAGAGAAGCCCUUUACCUGUGAUGAAAUUGACAAAGACUUUCUGGUCACCUCAGAACAUCUCCAUCAGCCCACCACUCAUACCAGGGAGGAGCCCAACAAGACCACACAAUGCUGGGCAACUGUACAAAAGAGAAAAACACGUUUCACCUGGGGAGAAUGUAAGGAAGCCUUCAGCCCCAGACACAUACAUGCUCACAAACUGGAUGUCCACACUGGAACACAGUGUAUUGUGCGACGUGAAUGUGGGAAAACAUUCAGAUAUCAGUCCUCAUUAGUUGUUCACCAGAGAGUUCAUACAAGUGAAAAGCUUCAUGUGUGUAAUGAAUGUGGCAAGUCUUUUAGGCGAACCUCAACCCUCAGUCAGCAUCGAAGAAUUCAUUGUGGACCAAGGCAGUACAAGUGCGGCAAAUGUGGGAAGUCCUUUAACCAAAAAUGUGUCCUCAUGUAUCCCUGGAGAAGUCUUAAUGGAAAAAAAUGUGAGUUGUGCCGUGAAUGUGUGCAGUCUUUGAGACGUAAAUCCAUCCUUAUUCGACAACGGACAGUUCACUCUGGGGAAAGGCGUUAUGAGUGCACAUGGUGUGGGAAAUCCUUUAGAAAAAAGUUUUACCUCAUUCUACAUUGGAGAGUGCACACUGGAGAAAGGCCUUAUGAAUGCAGUGAGUGUGGGAAAACUUUUACCAGUAGUUCAGUUUUCAUUUUACACCGGAGAGUACAUACAGGAGAAAGGCUUUUUGAGUGCAGUAAGUGUAGGAAAUCCUUUACCAGUAGUUCGAUACUCAUUCUGCAUCAGAGAGUACACACAGGAGAAAGGCCUUAUGAGUGCAGCAAAUGUUGGAAAUCUUUUAGCCAACAGUCUUACCUCACUCAACACUGGAUAGUUCACAGUGGAAGAAAGUCCUAUGAAUGUAGUGAAUGUGGGAAAUCUUUUAUCUCUCGCCCUGGCCUUCGUUACCAUCUGAGAGUUCACACUGGGAAAAGGCCUUAUCACUGUGGUGAAUGUGGGAAAUCUUUUUUAUUUGGUUCUAACCUCAGUACUCAUCAGAGAGUACACACAGGAGAAAGACCUUAUCAGUGCAGUGAAUGUGGGAAAUCCUUUAUCCGAAGAAGUCAUCUUCUUACACACCAGAUAAUUCACACAGGAGAAAGGCCUUAUGAGUGCAGUGAAUGUGGGAAAUCCUUUGUCCGAAGAAAUUGCCUUCUUAAUCACCAGAGAGUUCACACAGGAGAAAGGCCUUAUGAGUGCAAUAAAUGUGGUAAAUCUUUUUUGUCUAGUUCCAACCUCAGUAAUCAUCAAAGAGUACACAGAGGAGAAAGACCUUACCAGUGUAGUGAAUGUGGGAAAUCUUUUAGUACAAACUCGACAAUGGUUCGACACCGGAGAGUUCACAGUGGAGAAAGGCCUUAUCAGUGCAAUAUAUGUGGGAAACGUUUUUUAUCUGGUUCUAACCUCAGUAAUCAUCAGAGAGUACACACUAGAGAAAGACUUUAUCACUGUAGUGAAUGUGGGAAAUCUUUUAGCAGGAACUCUACAAUGGUUCAACACCGUAGAAUUCAUACUGGAGAAAGGCCUUAUGCAUGCAGUGAGUGUGGGAAAUAUUUUACUUGGAGCCAAAGCCUUCGUUAUCAUCAGAGAAUUCACACUGGAGAAAGGCCCUAUGAGUGCAGUGAAUGUGGGAAGUCUUUCAUCUGUAAUUCUAUACUUCGUUAUCAUCAGCGUGUUCACACUGGUGAAAAGCCGUAUGAAUGCAGUGAAUGUGGAAAGUCAUUUAGGCUUAGUUUUAAAUUUAGUCAACACCAGAGACGUCACAGUGGGGAAAGGCCUUAUGAAUGCAGUGAAUGUGGGAAAUCUUUUACCAGUGGUAAUGGCCUUCGUUAUCAUCAGAGAGUUCACACUAGAGAAAAGCCUUAAAUGUCCUGGGAAUAUGCAGUUUUCUGUUUGUUGUAACAACCCUGGAGGAAAUUCUUUGAGGAACCAUCUGUCUGAAUUGAAACAUAUAUAUAGAUAUACACAGUGGGGAGAUUCCCCUUACGUUUAAUUUAUAUAGGAAGCAUGUUUAAAUAUGUUACAUUUUUUGACUAGCCCAGGGCUCUUCCUAGGUUUGAGUUGCUGCUAGAUUUUGUGGCUAAAGUCCUUUCACCUUUACCACUUAGCUGCUAAGUCUUAGCAGGUCCACACACUUUGUAACUGUGAACACCCUGUUGUGCUCAUAGAAGCUGAUCUCUGGUUUACAUAUAUUGUACCAAACAAAGAGUAGCCUGAUCAUUUAGGGGUUAGCUUUCCCUUUAUGACUAAUUUGGACAUGGAUUGUCGCUUGCAGCUUGCAGAGAAAUGACUACGUGUUGGUCCAUGUGAUACUUAUAAUGAGGUUUUCUAGUUUCCCGUUCAUGGCCUUAGGAAGUGCCUGCUGCACAUUGCCUUGGCUUGUAUAAUAAUCAAGGCCUUAGUUUUCUCCUGUACUCUUGGUUAUUCUUUUUACUUUAUGGAGUCGUACAUAAACAAAUUGGAGCUCUGCAAGCAUGAAGAGGUGAACAACUUCUGCCCACACCCUACCAGGGAUCCAGCCCAGGCAUGUUCCCUGACCAGGAAUCAAACCUGCAACCUUUUGUUGCAUGGAACCAUGCCCAACUAACUGAGCCACACUG